UGUUGUCCAUCGAUAAUAUCGUGUCUACUGGUGAGAAACGUGUGAUAAGCAAUAAAUCCAAACCAAACAAGCUAGUAGGGCUGUGACCUGCGGUAAAUAUUAACUAAAAGCUUGCUUAUCAGGCUACAAAUUAUAACAAAUUGAUUGCUAAUCGUUCAUCCGUAGUUGCAGUUAAGAGAUAACGAUAAUGAAAACCGGAUUUAGUUUACAACCAGACGAUACAUCCCUGAAGAUGGUUCCAGUUCGUAGAUUCUUUUGGGCCAUGCCUGUUGCGAUCAACACGUCAGAGUAUAACUAUCCUUUUGAGGUGUGGGACCAGAUCCCUGACAAAGAUAUCAUCAUAAAACUAACCAUCUUGAUACCGAUCGUAUUGUUUGGAAUCCUCGGAAACGUAUCACUGCUGGAGAUCAUAUUCUCAAACAGAGCUCUGCGUACACCAACCCAUCUGCUGAUAGCGAAUCUGGCUCUAAUCGAUUUGGUGACCCUAGUGCUGUGCCCGACGUUCUUCAUACUGCACGAUAUUCAUCAGAGUUACGUCCUGGGACCGAUUGGAUGUAAGUUGGAGGGUUUCGUUGAAGGUGGCCUUCUAAUCACUUCCGUUUUGGCUCUUUGCGUCGUAAGCUACGAUCGUUUAGCGGCUAUUGUGCUAUCCAGGAAGGCAAGGUUUAAACUCAUGAGCGUUAUAAUCGCCUCAAUUCUUUGCUGGAUUCUCGGAUUUGCAGCUGCUCUUCCGUUGGCCAUCUACCGGAACUACAAAGAACGGGACUGGAGUAAUUUUCAUGAAACAUAUUGCUCCGAAGAUAAGCAGGUGAUGCCACUGUAUUGGGACUAUGUGAUAGUUCUGUUGGUCUGGCUUCCGUUGGGUGUCAUGAUGGUCACCUACAGUACGAUUCUUUGCAAAUUGGACCAGUAUGAAAGGAAAGCAAUGAAUAGGGAGCACCCGAUGGUGGUUCGAUACAAAAGUCGGGUGGCGAAGACUUUGUUCAUCGUGCUGAUUACAUUCGUAGUGGUGAGGAUACCGUUCACCGUGAUGAUACUGAUCUUCUACAAAAAUGUGGAUAGUACAAAUAGAUUUGCGAUAAGUGAAAACUUUGUUCUUAUAUGGUGGUUCAGCAAAGUGGCUUUCAUCUUUUUGUAUUCAGCUUUGAAUCCGGUCAUUUACGGGUUAACCAAUCGAACAUUUAGAAGGGCAUUCCGGAGCUCGAUAAUUCUUGGAGUAAUUUUACGUCUCAGUGAAGAUAAAGAUGAUGAUGAUGAUCAAGUUGCUAAAAAGCUUCAAAUGCCACGGAUAAUGACAUUUUCACGCAAACCAGGUGAAAAAGGAAUACCUCCAUAUAGAACCAAAAAUAGAAGAUCGGUUGCUAAUUGGUUGAACUCUACAAUAAGAAGGAAAGACAGAAAUCUUAGUGUGAAUCAACCUGAAACUAAGAGCCCGGAAGCAAAUGGAACGAAAUCGUCAGAAACGGCACAGAACGGAUCGCAUGAGUAGAACAAAUAAACUGCCUAUAGCA